GUGAAUAGUGUGAAUGAACAGCUUAGUUUAAUUAGCACUUUUCUCACUUAAGCGCCUAUUUAAGCAGCUGCGAGUGAACAACAUUAGGCUGCAGAUGAUCAGGAGCUGGGAUUAAUCAGAAGAUAAGAGUCCUGGCAGCUAGAUCGAUCAAAGGCAGCUAGAGAAAGUUGGCCUGAAAGUAAACAAGGUGCCAAUAUGGGAGAGGUUCUAAGUGAAGAACAGAUUGCUGAGUUUCAGGAAGCCUUCUGUCUUUUUGACAAGGAUGGAGAUGGAUGCAUUACAAUCGAAGAACUCGCCACCGCGAUCAAAUCGGUGGAUCAAAAUCCGACGGCAGAAGAACUGCAGAGCAUGAUAAACGAAGUUGAUAUUGACGGCAACGGAACCAUAGAAUUUGGGGAGUUUCUCAAUGUCAUGGUGAGGAAAAUGAAGGAAAAUGACGCGGACGAGGAAUUGAAAGAAGCUUUUAAAGUGUUCGAUAAGGAUCAAGAUGGCUACAUUUCACCUAAUGAGUUGAGGAAUGUGAUGAUUAACCUGGGGGAGAGAUUGACGGAUGAAGAGGCAGAGCAAAUGAUCAGAGAAGCUGAUUUGGAUGGUGAUGGCUUAGUCAAUUAUGAAGAAUUUGUGACAAUGAUGUUAUUAGCUUUCUGAUGAUCUAUCUAGCCAGACAAACUAUAUAUUUAACUUCAUGUGAUAUUCAUCAGAUUAUAUACAUCAUACAGGAAAAUAAUACGAUAUUGAUGCCCUGUAGCAAACCCUAGCUAGCAAGAAACCCUCCAGAUCGAUGUCGUUCGUUUUAGCUUGUUGAGUUGUUGAGACAAUUUGAAUACCAUACAAGGGGUUGUGCUUUGUGAUCCGAACCAAAUCAAGACAAAUGA